GCGCUUUGGGCUGCCCGAAAGGUUAGAAAACUCCCCCGAAAAUGUCAACGGACAUGAGGAUAUUCGGGGGAGGCGGGAUUGUCUGUCAGCCCCCACCCAGAUUUGAUCGAAAUUUUUCCACCCGCUCGGCAGCUGAAAGAGGGAUCUCUUGGGGUUAGGUGUUACCCGUCCAGGAAGAGCAGCUUUGGCCCUUCUCAUCAGGGAGACGCGUCUCGUCUGCCUAAGACAAUGUGAAGCUCUUGCAUAGCUACGUGGUGCCUGCGGAGCUUCUUAUGCCCAUUACAAACAGACCCCAUCUGAGGUUGGCACAUUGCAUAUUAUUUCUGUAUUUGCAGAUGGGGGAAAGUGAGGCACAGAGCUGCAGCUUGAUUAGUCUGCGGCCACCCAGCAAGUCACGAGCCCGGAGCUCCAGCUUCCCCGUCCCGCUUUUAAAGCUGGGGCUCUUUUUUCACAGCCAUCACAAAAGCAAUCCAGUGAUAUAACAGCAAUGACUUCAAUUAUUAGAUUUGAUGUUAGAGAAAGAACAAUACUGAAUUUUGUUUCUCUUGUCUACUGAAGGCCUGAACCCUGACAGCAGAAAUAGCAUCAGACUGUUUUACAACAUCCCCAAAUGUCAAUGUCUGAUUUUAAGUGGUUUUCUUUAAAAAAAAUAUAUAAAGCAGGAUUUGCCCUUUGCAGAAAACACCUGCACCCUAACAUGGGUGUCACGCUAUGUUGAAAGAUUUUCCCCUUAAUAAAUCAGUGUAUCAUCUAUGUCACACAACAGGAAGAUACAAAACUGAUGGAAAAUUUUCAACAAUAGUUUUGUCAUAAUUUUGAAGGAAAACGUGGUUCAAAUUUUUCACAAAAAUUAUGAUCCUUUUUUAACCAGCUGUAGUACUAAAGAUGCUGGGCCUGAUUCAGAGCUAAGCUAUGACUAUAAUCAAAAGUAACUCCAAAUUAAUGAAAUUGCACUUACGUAAAGCUAGUGUGAGCAAGAUCAGAACCAGGGCCAGCUCUUUGUUUAGAAACGACUCUUCAAUAGUAGUUACCAGUGACAUUUUCAAAGUCCACCUGGGUUAGGCUUCUAAGUCCCAUUUUCAAAAGUGAUUUAGGCAUUUUGGCACCUAAUUCUCAUGGAAAGGCAUUAGGACUUGCUCCAAGGGGUAGGAUUUUCAAAAAGGGCUAAGCAUUGGUCUAACCCUGCUCCCAUUGAAGGCAAUGGGAAUUUUGUCCUGGUUUGGAAAGGUCAGUGCUGGGCACUUAUAAAAAUGGGACAUAGGCUUAGCGUUGAAGUUGCAGCGUGGACUCUGAAGCCUGGGACGAGGGGUGGGCUUCAGCGCCCAAACUGCAGCUUCAGAGUGCAAUCUUCACAGCGAUUUUUAGAGCACUAGCAGGACGCCCACUCCACUCUGUCAACCCCAGGCUGGGAGAGUGGCAAAGUUUGAAAAAGUUACCCUACAUCUGUUACCGUGCAGCUCGCCACAGAAGCAGCUCUCCUUUAUUAGCUGCCACUAGAGAAAUAAUUAAAUGUAGUAGUAACAGUCAUUAAUAAUGUAGAUCAUGAAUCUACAUCCAGUAGUUGCUGCAACAAGACUGUUGAUGCACGUUGCUGUUUUCUUUUGAAAACGGGGAGAAAAUAGAGUGUAGGGAGCAAUCCAGCAGUGGCCAGGCACCAGGAGAUGGACAAGACUUACAAAUCAUCCAGGCUGGCUCUGACUCCCGAGGGUCAUUUCUUUCCCUGUUUCGUGUACAAAAAAGGGGGAUUGUUAUUUAUUAUGUGUAUUCUGAAGCCCAGCUGAGAUGGGGGCCUUGUUGUUCUAGGCACUGCACACAUAAAAAGAGUCGCUCCCUGUCUGGAAGACCUGGCAAUCUGCAAGACAAAGGGUGGAAAGGGAAACAGAGGCACAGAGCAAUAAAAUGGGUUACCCCAGAUCACACAGCAGUGGUUUAAGUUGGGAACCCCGUUCCCGCACAGUGGAGCAGGUCCACCUGCGCUGCACGGAGGGCUCCCUGGAAUGGCUGUACCCAGCACGAGCCCUGCGUGUUGUCCUGGAGCCCAACCUGUCGAGCACCAGGCACACCACUGUCUGCAUCAAGCCAGCGAGUGACUUCCAGGGUGCCAGCAUCUACGUGGAGCGCGCUGGCCAGCUGCACCUGGUGGUGAGCGAAGCCGAGGAGGCGCGGCUGCGCCACGUGUCCUGCUUCAGUACCCACACACCACAGCGGGUAGCACUUUUCCUGCAGGCCAGCCCACAGAGGGAUAUCAGCCGCAGGACGGCCAGCUUCCAGUACGAACUGCUGAGCAACCAGAGCGCAGCGGGCCCUGACGUCCAGAAAAUGGCCCUUGUGGAAGCGAUGUGCCGUCCUUGUGACAACAUGGAGCUUCUGAUGGCCAUUUGCAGUAGUGAUUUUGUGGUGAGAGGAUCAAUCCAAAAUGUUUCCCAUGACCCUGAAAAUCACAUGUCCCAGGUUGAAGUCAGCGGCCAGAAAGUCUACAGGCAGAAAAACAGAAUUUUCCGACAGGAUAAAGCAGCUGGUGAAUGGAAGGGCUCCAUAAAAACCCUGCUGCGGUGCAAGGUAAAGAAAGGUGCUGGAGAUUUCCUGUUCACUGGCAAUGAACAUUUUGGAGAAGCUUGGCUGGGCUGUGCCCCUAGAUUUAAAGACUUCAGUUCUAUUUACCAAACAGCCAGAGAACGGGGAACAAACCCAUGUGAGUUUCAGUUUCGCUGAAAUGCAUGUCCCAAGAGCGCUGAGUAAGUGGAUCGCGGUCUCAUGUUUGGAUGCUGUUCAUGAGGUUCAGCAAAGGCUGACGACAGAUUUCAUUGGAUCUAGGGCUGGGAGAGCCUCUUGGAGUUUAUGGCUCUAUGAACCUCUCAAACUAGGACAGUGAGACCACAGAAUGGUUUAAAUUCAUGAAGUGCUUUGCUUGUAAUUCAAUUACUAGUGCCCCUCCCGCCUCCAGGGGAGCUUCUGAUUUUUUAUGGGACUGCUUUCCCCACCCCGGCUGAAGAGUAGCCUGUGCUGUGUGUUAGAGGUAGGAGAUGCCUCACAAAAUCUAGGAUGCCCUAGGUGGGUGUCUUUUCCAUUAGCAUUUUUCUCCCCACACUUAUUUUUUUUCACUCUGUGCUUCAGUUUUCACUCACUAGCUUCCCUUCCUGCACCCUGCAUGUACAGGGUAAGGAGGAUGCAGACUCAAUGACAGAGUUUGAGUUGAACUACUAAUCCCACAGCCUAUUAGUGGGUUUGUCAGUUUCCUGAGGUUUCUGUCUUGGGAAGUUACAGUUCAUUAGAACACAUGCUAACUAAGGCUCUGGGGCAGAAGCUUGGCUGUUUUAAAGCUGUGUAGCGCCCAUGACUGCACCAGGUUAUAGCAGCUAAAGACCUUCAUGUAGAUAAGGGCUCUUGUGAUUAUCAUCAUCCUGGUUAACAUGAGUUACUAACAUGAUGAAUUGUCCCAGUUCAGUCAAGUCCUAUAAGAAAGAUACUGCAGGUAAAAACCAUUUAUUUCAAGGCAAGUCUUGUCUGGUAAGGCAUGCAUGGUUAGCCCCCAACUGCAUGCAUUUGAAUCACAAUUCACUGUAAGUAGUGGUCAAUGUGUAGAAAGUGAUCCAGCUGAGACAGAACUGAAGGUUGUGCUGUAUCAAAAGAGGUGAAACGGAUGUCCUGUUUCUGAAUCUGAUCUUUCUGCUUUGUGAUUAAGUAAAUGAAUAAUGUUGUUAACUUAAUGUUUGUACUGUGAACUUUGCUCAGCAAAAAGUUUUGAGGAACUUAAGUUUCAGAGACAGUUGGUACAUCCCCGAGUCAGCACUCACUCUGCUCUUCUGAAAGUCCAUGCUCACUGAAUAUCAUUUGUAGGAGGGGGCUUGUCUAAAAGGGUUAGUGGUGAUUGGUUGGUUUUUUAAAGUGCAGUCCAUGUUUCCCAGCUGUACUUUGCACUUUCAAACAUUGUGUUUGCUGAUCACCUAUGUACUGUAUUUGACUGCUUUGUAUAUUUGGGAACAAAAUUGUACAUGUUGAUCGUAUACAUGAUUGUGUAUUUGUUUUACCUAUGAGUACAAAGGCCCUUUGCUAUAUCUUAGCAACAUUAC